UAAUAUAUUUGGUCACAAACCUGUGGAUUAUGCUGAAACAGAAGAGAUGAAAUCGCUUCUAAUGCAGCCAGGACAGAAUGAUUCUUCUUCAGUUAUUCAGUAUGCAGAACACAUAAACCUAGAUUGCUGUAAAAAAGGGCCUCCGGUUCUUCUUGGGAGUGGUCUCGAUCCAGAUCAACAGCUGCGGUUAAACAAAUUGGCCACAAUUUUGAAGGUUAGAGUACAUACAGAGUUUAACAGUUCUGUCACACAUGUUGUUAUUCCUGCAUAUCCUGUGCGAACUACUAUGAAGUGCAUGCUGGCCCUUUUAUCUGGAUGUUGGAUCUUGACAUUUAAGUGGGUCGAAGCCAGCUUUGCGAGCGGCACUUUCGAAGAAGAAGAGAAAUAUGAAGAAGACGGUGGUCCUCGACGAGGCCGCCUGAACACAGAGCAGCUUUUGCCAAAACUUUUUGAUGGCUGCUACUUUUAUUUCCUGGGAACAUUUAAAGAGCACAAGAAAGACGACCUCAAAGAACUGGUGAAAGCUGGAGGAGGACAGAUUCUCCUAAGAAAGCCUAAAUCAGACAAUGAUGUCACUCAGACAAUCAAUACGGUAGCCUAUCAUGCUGAGAUGACAUCUGACCAGAGUUUCUGUACACAGUACAUAAUCUACGAUGCCUCUUCCAACUACAGACCACAAAAGCUUCGCCAGGGGAAGGUUUGGGAAGUGCCCUCCACCUGGCUUAUUGACUGUGUGAUGGCAUUCCAACUAUUGCCUGUUAAGGAAUCACUUUCCUAGAAUUGUGAUAACAUAAAUGUUGAGAUUUAAAUUUUACUGAAAUUUUAUUAAAAGAUAUUGAAAUUAUGUACUGAAACAAAAAUAGAUACACUUACUUCCAUAUCUAUCUGAAGAUUCAGAUUCUCAAAAUCUAUUGAAUUUUCCUUUUUUGUUCGUGUUCUGUAAACUAUUAAUUAUUAUUGUAUGUACUGAAAUUAUUGUCAUUCUGCAUUGAAAUCUUACAAAGUCUCAGAAAGUUUGUUAGUACCAUUCUGAUUGCUGUGAUCUUAAUAUGAGCCUCAGCAUGUCAAGAUUAUUAUUUUUUCUCAUUCUCUGUAUGGUGAAAUUGAAUUGAAUUGUGAAUUGUCACUGAAUUUGUUUAAAGAGAUUACUUAGAUCUAUAGUCAUGACUGUGCUUCUGCUGAGAGCUUUGUUUCCCGUUAAUGUUUUCUAUAUCACAAAUAAAUCACAUUCUGAA